GAAGAGUGGCAGAAUCCAUGGGAGCCAAUCCAGUGCCUCUCUGUAACACGUGGAGGAGAGGGGCUCAGGAGUAAAGCUCUGCACACUAGUUACUGGUGCCCUGAUUAAGAAGAGGGACGAGUGGCACUGAUGUGGUGGGAUCUUGCAAACCCUAAAGGCUCACACACUAUCACUCUGAGCAGCAGCAGCAGCAACAGCCCCACACCCAGCCAGCCUUGCAGCUCACUUCCUAAUCUACUGUCAGAUACUGGGAGAAGGAGCAACAGGCAGACAGGGAAUCAUGAGCAAUCAGUACCAAGAGGAGACUUCAGAGAGGCCGGAAUGUAAAAGUAAAUCUCCGACCCUGCUCUCCUCCUACUGCAUAGACAGCAUUCUGGGCAGGAGGAGUCCUUGCAAAAUGAGGUUACUGGCCACUCAGACUCUGCCAUCUCUGGCUAACAGGACUGAUCAGGACAAAACUUUGGAAGGUAAGGAGGAUUCUAUAAAAGAAUUGGAAGCUAUACAAUGUAACCGAUUUACAGAGGCCUGAAACUGCUUCCUACUACUAACACACUCUGUCCCACUGCUAUACUCUAAUAUCAAUUACAGAUUAUUAUUAUUAUUAUUAUUAUUAUUAUUAUUAUUAUUUUCAUUGGAUUUGGUUUUCGACUUUUUAUAAUUUGUAUUUUUGAAAAAAGGGUUUUUACUGAUUUUGGAUUUUUAUUACAAAUUUAUUUCAGUGAAAUACUAAAUAGAAAUAGUUUCUACUGGUAUUCAAUUAACCGUAAAGUGGACACCUUUUUAUUUUUAUUUUUUUCUAAUUUAUCGUUAAAUACAAUUGUUACAAUUCACAUGUAACCAUUGAUGGGGCAGUUGGUUGGAAAACACCGUUUAGAAGAAAAUUGUAUUGCAUUAUUCUUCUAAAUUCAAUGUUAUUUUUGGAUUACCUGCAUAAUCUAAAUCGUAUAAUGGCUAAUUAUAUAUCCAGUAAUCCAGUGCCUGUACAGGAGCCGCAGAUAAUAUUAUAGACAUGGGUGACAUGUAAAGUGUAUGUGUGUGCAUUUAUACUACACACAGACACACACAUAUAUUUAUAUGCAUACAUAUACACACACAAAAAACGUAUUAACUGAGAAAUUAUAUGUAGAAUUAUAUGUAUGAAUUUAUAUAUAUAUUUAAGUGUAUGUGUAAAAAAAAAAUAUAUAUAUAUAUAUAUAUAUAUUAUAUUACAUUGCAUUCCCAAGGCUAGGCUGCUUCUCGAUUAGGGUUGUACGGUAUUCCUAUAAAAAAAAUCCAUUUGGUAUUUCAAUAAUGUGCUCAUGUGGAUGUAACAAUAUCCCUUCAGAUGUGGGUUUUAUAAACAUAUGGUAGGUUGAAGGUGAAAUCUACUUGUACAAGUGUUGAAAUUCCUUGUUGACAGUAAUUAGACCGCUUCCAAAGACAUCCAAUUACCAGGAUAUUCCCAUCAAACCUGUUAUCUUAAAUAUAUCAUUGAAUGAAACCAAAGAAAAUGAGAAAAAAUGCAUAUAGAUGAGUAUGUGAUGUGUGUGUGUGUGUGUGUGUAUAUAUAUACAUAUAUAUAUAUAUAUAUAUAUAUAUAUAUAUAUACACACACACCUUUUAUCGUGUUACAAUACAAUAUAAUGUUGCAAGAAAUCAAAUCAAAUCAUUUAAAACAGCAUUCUGGGAAAACGAACAUAAAUGAUAACUAUUUACUUAGUAAACAAUACUAGAAAAUAAAAAUUUAAUUUAUCAGCAAUAUUAUAUAGUUUUUGACUUAGUAUUGAUAUUUAAUUAGCCAUCAUUACGCUCUGAAUUGCGUUAUAUAUUUUAAACCCAUUCACACGCGCCGGCUCCUAGAAAAUAAACUAUUAUAAUUUUAAGUCUUUUUAUGGACCAGUCUCCUAUAAGUAGUGGCCCCAUAUAGGAAUAGUAGAAAAAGUGUCGUGUGUUUUCUGAAUAACUAUGUAAUUAUUGUCUUAUUUCUAUUUUGUACCCUUUCUUUUUCCAAAUACAGGGUCUCCUAAAAGUAAUGUCACAUUUGAGGCUGAGCUGCACCUGCCUCCCAAGUUGAGGAGAUUGUAUGGUCCUGUGGGUGCUGGUGGUCGUUUGCAUCUCCAGUCCCUCACUGACUCCAGGUCUGGGGUACCUAGGUCGGAUAAGGCUGACCGCCUUCUGAUUUUAGGGGGUGCUGGAGAAAGUAGCUGGGAUAACCACAGUCUCAAAAUCAGCCAAGCCCCCCAGGUCAGCAUCAGUCGAAGUAAGUCCUAUAGGGAGAACAGCGCCCCCCUGCUGAGAGAAGAUGGGAGUCCAGAAGGUCUCCAGCAACAGCAGCUCCAGACUGGUUCCUCAGCCUCUUGCACCUCUCUCCAAGAAAGACUAGGGGCACUUUCCCAAAGUCCUGGGGGCGACGAAGAGGAUGAAGAUGAUGAGGAUGAGGACGAAGAAGAAGAGGAAGAAGAAGAUGAAAUGGAAAAGCAACACAACAGCACCAGCACCUCAAACAGAGGACUUCUGAAAGACCACCAGCAUCCACCAUUUCAGCACCAACAGCAGCAACAGCCACCAACCUGCGGGACUGAUGGGGACCUAUCUCCCAAAGAGGAGCUUCUACUCCACACCUCUGAUGGUGAUGGCAAAGAUGGAGAAGACAGUGUGUGUCUGUCUGCUGGCAGCGACUCAGAGGAGGGCAUGUUAAAGAGGAAACAGAGGAGAUACAGGACCACCUUCACCAGUUACCAGCUGGAGGAGCUGGAGAGGGCCUUCCAGAAGACCCACUACCCUGAUGUCUUCACCAGGUAUCUUACAGGUUCUUCAUGGGGGGUUGAGGGGAGUCCAGGAUGGUGACCAUCUCCUGCACAUCUAGGGUUAUCAACUAGGCCUUUCACUAUUAAUGUCAGAAAACAUACUAUACAGUAUAUAUUGGUUGCAAAUACCAAUGUCAAUCUUUAAUCUCUACAGCAAAUUUAAUUAAAUUAUCAUUUAUUCCAUGCACUUUUUCAAGACGAUCAAUAUUUAAUGUUUUUUUUUGCAUUCUUAUGUCAGCUCCUCAUCGCAAAGUGUGUUUAAUUGACUGUGUAUAUCACUAUACCUGCAGAUCAGUCAGAGCACUUUGUCCCAUAGAAAUACCUGCCAUGUAGUCUCUCUUUAUGGAACGCCCUGACUGUCAAAACUAUAUCUGGCAAUGUCACUUACCGUCUGUGUAAGCCCUUCCCAGCAGGGGAAUCCUUAGAUCUCUGGGAUUUAGGGUUUAUUUUCACUGUCACUUGACUUGAAAUGUAUACUUUUAGGAUGGGAUAAAUAGAGAUAGAUAGAUAUCACAAUUUAUAACUAACAUGAAAUCCCAUAAGAAAACAUUUAAUUUUGUCUUAUUUUGUUUAUGAUCAAUUGCAUAUAAUUUGAGUAUAUAAGCAGUUGCAAUCUAUAAUACGAAUAAUUUUCCAUGUAUGCAUUUAAUUCAUUUAUAUAUACAUUACGAUAUUUAAACAAACUGCAUUAAACUGUGUAUACAUAUAUUUGGAUUUAUAACUACAAGUAUUGAUUACAAUUGUCUACAGUUUAGAUUUCUCAAUUUAAACACCUUUAUAACCGGUUUGAAUUAAAAUAUGAGAUAAUGUAAUGUUCUGUUUAUAGAUGGAAAUAUUGUUUAAUAGAUGUAAAGUUUAAUAAAUGUAGCACAUUAAGGCACAAAUGUCUGCGUGAAAACGGUAUUAUGGUAUCACUCUGGAAAAUCGAAUAUUUUCAAUAAAAUUUGGACCAAACUGAUUAUAAAAAAAAAAGAUGCAUUUAAUGUAAUGCAUUCGUCUUAAACAAUCUAAUAGCAUAAUAAAGAGCAAGAAACACAAUUAAAAAAUUAAGUUGAAAACUGUUCUGAUCAUUAAAAAAAAACCAUUACAUUUUAUUAUUUGCUUAAUCAACACUAAUCACUACCAUUAAUUAUAUUUUUGACAUGUUUUAAUUAAAUAGGAGCUAAUAGCAUUUCAGAUCAAACUCGAACAAGUCAGAUAAAAUAUGUAGUUAGAAAAAUAAAUAUAUACAACCACAAUAUGCGAGUUAUAUAUUAUUAAAUUAUAUAGGUUAGAAUUUAUAACUAUAUAAAUAUAUAUGCCUUUCUCUUUAUUAUUUCCUCUUUACCUGUCGUUAUUUUUAUGCAUAGCUGUUUGUGGCUGCAAAAUAUAGAUACAAAACGGUUUACAGUAAAAUAUAAAUAAACGGUUUACUAACUUGAUAUCGAUAUUUAACUUUAAAAAUAAAUGAAAAUUCGUGCCAAUUAAUUCUUGUGUGUGUCUUCAUGUAAUGAUGAUGGGUGUCUAAAGAUAGGACAUUUUGGAUACUUUGUUAGAAAAGGGGAAUUUUCACGGUUUCAUUCAUUUUAAUGCAGGACGACAUGACAGCUAAGAGUGUAUACUAUGUAAAUAUUCGUUAACUCUAUGAAUUCUAGUAAUAGUGUAAUCUCACAGUCCAUGGUGUGUCUUUUUUUUCCUUUUCCCUAAAGAGAAGAGCUUGCAAUGCGCUUGGACCUGACUGAAGCCAGGGUUCAGGUGAGUGCUGAGAUUUGGAUAUGGUUUAAGAUGUGUAUGUGUGGGAGAGAGGGGGGUGCAGGGGGUGUAGGCAGACAAGGCUACUGAGUGUCCACCUUAAAUUGUCUACUUGAUCACCAGCUGCUUCAAUAAAUAUAUAUGGCAUUAACAGCCUAUUUAUAGAGUCCCCAAUGUCACUGCUGUCUGUAGUCACCAACCAAAUUUUCAUCUGAAAACAAACCAAUCUCCCAAGAGUCCAGGAAUUAAUUAAUCAAACAACAUGCAAUUAUUACAUUCCAUCUUUGAUAAAUUAAGGAGCAAGUUUGAAAGCCACUGGGGAUGUUGAAUCAUUGAUUUCACUGUUGAAAACAGUGUCCAUUUCUGCAGAACUGAUGGGGGGAUUGGUGGGUAAAAAGAGAACAACUCGGGUGGGCAGAGCAGGACUGUGCCAAGGAUGCAAAAUGACUAUUUAAGAACUACUACAAGACCUGGGAAAAAUGCACAUGCCAAAAAAAUGAGGGAGCUGAUACAAUUUAGUUUUUAAUUGAAACAAAACAUGGCCUUUUAGACAAAUCUGCAACAGCUGAGAGCAGGUAUUUGGCUGUGAUUAAAACUCCAAUAGGGCUUCAUAAAAGCACACUUAUUGCUACAACAAACAUUGCAAAAUGCUGUUUGAUUUCCCCAUCAAGCUUGCACAAGGAGUCGUGCUAAUGCUAUUUGAUUUCCCAUUUUUUUUAUAGCAAUAACCCUGCAUUGAUCUAAUAGCUGGUCCUGUAAGUGAGUGCAAUGCUAUUAAAGGUGUUAAAAAGCCCAUACACACAGUACAUUUCCGAAACCACGUCUCAUAACCAAAGAGACGAUAAACAUUGGGAUGCCCUGAUUGCCAACAGAAAACAGAUGUCUCUGGUUUGGAAGCUGAGCAAAUCACUUUACAGUUACAAUCAAGGGCUGAUAAAGCAUAAUAAAUUCCAUAUGGCUCAUUUAAUACACAACAGCUUCUUGCAUUAGAGGGGCUAAUCUGACAAGUCUCCCUCCUAUUGUUGACACAUUUCUCCAUUGUCAAACAGGGAUGUGACAGCAAAUCAGUAUUUUCAGCUCCAGGGGGAAAUUCGUGAGAAAGUUAAAUAAGUUUUAAAGGGAAAAAUAAAAUCAAAGAAAGAGGAGGGGGGAAAAAAAGACUGAUUUCAACAUUAGAUCAUUCAUUGCCAAAUAGUAAAUAAACGAGAUGCAUUGUUAAAUCCUGAACUGGAAAGUAUUUAAUUCUUUUAAUUAAGUUCUUUGCAAAUAUGGCCUAUUACACAAAGGGUGAAUACAAUUUUAGUCAUCUGGUAACUAUUAAAUGAAUAUAAUAGGAUCUAUUUAAAUCCCUUUACAAGACGAGGCUGUUGAAAUGUAUUAUCUUUAUAUAUUUUUUAUAUAUACGAAUGUGCUUGUCUUCUAUUUAUUAUGUGAUAUAUAUAUUUUUUUAAAUAUAAUUUAAGUAGAUUUUAUUCUAGACAUUUGUGCUUGUCUGUUUCGUUUUAUUGAUGCUGGUUUAAAACACCUGUUUAAUACACUCAGAAUUAGAUUUCCCACCUGCAUCACAAUUGUAAUUGUUUAAGAGUUAAGAAUUUCGUUUGAAACCAGAUUCAUAUUUAAUUUCUGAAAUAUAUAUUAAAUCGGCGAUCGUUCAUUUCCAAUUCUAAAACAUUAUCUUAAAUAGCAAUUAUUUAGCCAAUAUAUCGUUGUUUUUUUUAUUUUAUUUUUAAUUGCUUAUUUAAUGUAUGUAUAUAUAAAAAAAAAAAAAAACACCAAUAACUAACCAGCCCUUAGUGUAGCAUUUAAUGUGUCACAGAGGAGAUUCAAUGAGGAUAACGAUAAAGAUUUUAUGAGCUCGUUAACAGGUGAUUGCCAUCCGGUUACACCAGUGAACCAACAAUGUGCAGGCAAAGGCAGAGCAAGCGUAGUUAGAGCUUAGCCCUGAACACAUGAAAUAGUGCACUUUUCUCUUGAUGUGUCGUAUAUAAGCUUUCUAAUUGAAGUCACUGAUUUGCAGCGUCCCGAUAUAAUGUGUGCUGAGCAUAGAGAAUAGAUUAAGUAUUUUCCAUUCUCCAUCAAACAAUGAAUUCAAUCACUUACAACGUAUUAUUCGAACAAUUUAAAUCAUACCAUAAUAAUAUAUUACUUUACAUAGAAUUAAUAAUUUUACCAUUUAUUGUGUAAAACAUUAUAUAGAGACCAUAUUUUUACCUCUAUAUGUAGAACACUGCAAAGCACACACACUGCGAACAUUGAAGUGAAUCUGUGUGAUUUCUUUUUUUUUUUUUUUUUCCUUCACUGCUCAUCAGCCAAAUAGCCAGCCACCCAUCGCCCAUUACUCUAUAAUCCAUGCUGGUGACAUCAGUAGAAGCAUAUCUAACCUUCUGUUUGGGCAAUCACCUGCAGAACACUCCUGCACUCGUUAAUCAAGAUAGCAAGCUAGUCCUGAUUCUUUAGAGAGAUAAAGUAUCAUUAACCAAACACAUCAUUAUAUUAUAUUAUAGUCCCUAUUCCUGUAGGUAACCGUAAUUCAGCAAUCUAAUAGUUAUGAAUACUGCAAUUGAGAAAACAAAAUUGCAACUUGAUUUAUAAUGGGGUAUAAAAAAAAAAAAAAGUAUAUAUGUAUGUAUAUAUAUAUAUAUAUAUGUAUGUAUAUAUAUAUAUAUAUAUAUAUAUAUAUAUAUAUAUAUAUAUAUAUAUAUAUAUAUAAAAAUUCUAUAUAAUGUGUGUGUGUGUGUGUGUGUCUAUCUAACUAAUAAUUUUUAUAGACACAUGCAUAUGCACACGUGUAUUUGAGGCCGCACUGUACGUUGUGGUCCAGGACAGAAGCAGACUAAUUUUAGUAGAGGACACCGUUUAAUGAUCUAAUAAUUCUUCACUAAGGACAUACAGAUCUAUUGAGCACAUUUUGCUUUUUCAGCACCAGCACUGACAGACACACAUUGAUAUUUUAUUAUCAGGCGUUAAAAAUAAUAUAGCAUGGCUGCACACAAAAAUAGAAAUAAAUAAAUAUUUAAAUAAAAAUGUAAAAACCCAGUGAUGAUUGAAAAGAAAGUGUCUACAUCUGCAACUGUUACUUGUGUUCAACACCAACGUGAACUAUGUCACUUGGGUCCUGACCAGAUACUAUGAAAUCCAUGCAAGCUGGGGGCGGUAUAAAGCUAGAUCCCCCACAGUUGUUUUAGAAGUUGCCCCAUUUUCACCGGCAUGGUGUGGCUACCUCGGUAGCCCAAUGAUUCUGUACAUGUAUUAUUAUUAGUAGUAGUAGUAGUAAGCGGAUGGAACCUCUGAAUGCAGAUCACGUGGUACACAUGGUAACUUUGUUUUUCUUGGGCCUUGCAGGUGUGGUUCCAGAAUCGCAGAGCCAAAUGGAGGAAGAGAGAAAAGGCUGGAGCCCAGAGCCAUGCCCCAGGCCUGCCUUUUCCUGGCCCACUGUCAGCCAGUCACCCUCUCAGUCCAUACCUUGAUACCAGCCCAUUUCCUCCCCACCAUCCUGCCUUGGAUUCAGCCUGGACUGCAGCAGCAGCGGCUGCAGCUGCAGCCUUCCCAAGUCUACCUCCUCCACCAGGCUCCACUUCAUUGCCCCCCGGUGGGACUCCAUUAGGACUCAGCACCUUCCUGGGAGCAGCUGUGUUCCGACACCCAGCCUUCAUCAGCCCUGCGUUUGGCAGGUAAAAAUGCACUUCUGUAAAAUCAUUGGAACAGUAGAAAAACACUAAAGACAAACAAUAGCCCGGCCAACUCGGGAUCAGGAAUUAUAAUAUGAUAUUAUGUCAGCCAUGACUUAUUUUGGGUUUUUAUUUCUGUUACUGCUUUACAUAGUUAUCCAUAGUCACGUGUUUCCCAGAAACAUCUAUGAUGAGUCACCUGACAUUCUACCUGCCCCCUUGCAGAGUCUCCAAAUUACUGAACCAGGUGUCAUGAUGUAGUGUGGGCCACAAUAUGUGGUCACAUAAUGUUCAUUCAGCAAAUUUACAGCUUGUUUUAUAAGCAGGAAUAAAUAGACAGUUUAGGCAGAUAGAUAUACAAACACACAAGGAAGUUCAGACUGAAACUCCAUUACAAAGUGCAACAGUUAAACAUCUAGGGUUUCAGAUUAUUUCUUAUAAAAUAAUUUGGUAUGUGAGAAUUCACAAUGUGUCACACAGUUCAUCAUUAAAAUAAUCAAUUACUUAAUGGUAAUUAGAUAAAAUGUUGUCAGAAAAAACACAUUCAGUAAUACAUAUUCCUCCCUGUCUUUCUAUUUCGGGGCACAUGAGAGCAUUUAAAUGCUCUGUCAAAUGCACCUUUAUAAAAACACAAAACAUAAACAAAAUAAAGAUAUGUAUGCAGAUUAAACUCUUUGUCUAACAGUUAUUCUGGUACUCAUAAGGAUAACAGGAAGCUGGUCAGCCAGAUGGGAAAUAGUUACUCUUAUGGUUUCUAUAUAUUUUACUUAUCUGAUAUUUUAUUUAUUUUUUGUCUGUUUUGCUAACACAUAUACUCCAAUCUUACGUUUUAGCAUAUACGAUCAGAUAGAGGCCUAUAGCCUUAGCUAAAGUUGUUGAUUUGACACAAUCCCUAUAGCACCGACUGAAAAUGGCCCUGUUGCAGUAGAAACUACAUUUUUCAUGAUUUUUUUUUUUUGGAUUUUGUUUUAUUUAGCAAGGCUAAGGUUUGUCAGACCAUAUUGCGAAACAUAAUCAAAAAACAUCUGGGGCUGCCAAAGUUAAUCAUUACUGUCCUACAGAGAGGGAGACAAAAACCCAUGAUUGACAGCAAACUUUGUGUAUGACUGAGAAUUAGGAGAGCUGCAUUUUACAACAGCUGGCCAGUGGUUGCAUAUCAUGGGGUGAUAAACUCAGGUUAAAUUCACCAAAUACCUGCAGAACAAGUAACAUCAUAUUCAGAUCAUAAUUAGUUUGCUUACUGUCAUUAAUUAAAACUUCAGCAAUAUAUAUUUACCAUGAACAGAUUUUCACGUAAUGGGUCCCCAUCUAUUCAUGCAUUAGUUAAUGCGGCUAAUGUGGAAAUGUACCAUAGAUUGCUUACAAUUAAUUAGUCAGUAAAAUACAUUUAACAUCUGGAGAGGUCACGUGGGUUGUUUUGUAAAGCAUUUCUUGAGCACUUAGAAUGUGAUGUUCAAUUUUAUUUAGUGGUGUUUAAAUUUCCAAAUCCACUUUAAAUAUCAACAUGACUUUGAGUGCCAUGUAAAAGCAAUAUGGAAUAGCUUAUUAUUGGGUGUGUGUGUGUGUGUGUGUGUGUGUGUGUGUGUGUGUGCCUGCAUAUUGUGUAUACGUACAGUGUGAGUCUCUGUAAAUGUGAGUGCAGAUACAUAGUAUGCGAUUAUGUAAAUUCAGUUUGUGUGUCUGUGCGUUAGUGUGAAUAACAGCAUGCUUUUAAAUUGUUACUGUAUAUUAGUGUGUUUUUGUACUGGGGAACUAAGUGCAUAAACACAACAUUUAAUAUUGAAUGUACUAUAUAUUUUAUAAUUAUAAUAUAUAGUACAUGCAUACUAUUCAGUACAUAAAUAUAAUAUAAACUAUAUAUUAUAAGAAACAUAUUUGUGUGUGUAUAUAGCUACUGUGUGUAUUGAAUGUUACUUUGUGCACACACAGUGCAUGAAUAGAUUUUUAUAGUUUGUGUAGUUCAUUUUUGUCAGUCAAUGUGUUCAAAAGGCAUUCUAUAUAAGGGGUGAUUUACUAAAUAGUGAAUUGUGAUAUUUUGAAAACUGAAUUAGCAAAAUUUAGGUCAAAAUGUUUGAGGAUAUAGAUGAAUUGAAGAAUUUUACCAACCCUGUUAUUUUGGUCACUCUUUUUUUGUAGAUUAGACCACAUGUAAAUUCACCACAUACAAGGUUAUUUAAAAAAAAAAAAACUGUAGUGAAUUUUAAUCUAAAUUAAAGACAAAACCGAGGCUGGAGAUUGUUGUUUUUUUUUUUUUUUUUAGACCUGGAACUUUGCCCUAAACAUUGCCAUGUGGAUUGCAAUGCACUACAACUUAGAAUUUAGUGAAUAAACUCUUAAAUCAAUAAUUGAGAAGUAUCAAAGAGUUACAAAUUGCAGGCCUGGAUAGUCAACCUGAAAAUGUACAUGAUUUUUAGAAUUUGUAAACAUUUGGCUAGUAUGUUGGCCUGAAUUUCCUCAUCACUUUCCAUAAUUCCUAUUUUAACAGUUACCAAUAUCAAAAAUUCACCAGGAAAUUAGCAAAUUUCUGUAAAAAGAAAAGUGGAAAAAAUUCCCAACUCAACUAUGUUUCCAGGUUGGCAGUUUUGGUCCAAAAAUUCCCUGCUAUGUUCCCCCAAUGACAGUUUCGUGAAUUACCCUGACACAUUGUACAAACAUGGUAUGUCAGAUACUGUAUAUACGCAGCAUAAAGAUGGCAAUCUGUGUGUAUACAGUGUCAGUUUUAUUGUGUGUGCGCGUGUAAAAUGCCAAGGUGUCUGUUAGUGUGUUUACAAACAAUGCCUAAAUAUAUUGCGCUAAUUAGAUUGUGCAAAUUUGGCAUGAAACUACAGUGUGUCACUUGCUGUGUGCUAAUACAGUGUGCUCAAAAUAGUUUUCCCACAUAAUGUGUGUAAAUACAAAGUGUUCAUCACUGUGUGUAAAUCUAGUAAAAUUCAUGUGCAACCAGGUGGAAAGAAUGUGUACUAUGUGCUAUGUAUACAUACAGUGUGUCUGCUGCUGUGUAGAUAUAAAUCUUUUGUGACGGUUAUCAUAUGUAUUUACAGUUGUGUUAACACAACGCAUCAGUUACUCUUUGUCCAUACAGUGUGUCUGUACUGCAUUUACAGUGUGUAAGUUACGGUGUGUGUGUAAAUACAGUAUGUCAGUAACUGUGUGUACAUUUUAUGUUUACAUACAGUAUGUCAGUUACUGUGUACAUAAAGUGUGUAAAUGUAAGUUACUGUAUGUAUAAAUAUAGUAUGUCAGUUACAGUGUACAUGAUGCGUGUGUAUAUACAGUAUGCCAGUUACUGUGUGUACAUAAAUUGAUUAAAUGCAGGAUCGUAGUAACUAGUUGUGUGUGUGUGUGUGUGUAUAAUAUCUGUAACUCGGCAUAUGCAGAGUGUAAAUAUAUUUUCAAUUGCUGUGUGAACCUUUGGUAUGUAAAUACAGUGUGUCAAUUACUAUGUGUACAUACCACUUAUUUAUCAAAUAGUAGAGCUUUCUUAGAAUGUUGUGUUCAGAAAAUUACGAAAAGUAGGGUUACAGUGGAACUAAAAACUAUAUCCCACUGGUAACUCCAUCCCUUUUACAUAUUUGCACCAUUUUCCAAACUCAACACGUUGAUAUAUCUACCCACUUGCUGUGUAGAUGUCACAUGUAAGUACAAAUAGGUUUAUUCAGUAUAGCUGAUUUGAAAUUUUUUUAAAAAAAAUUAUCACUUUUUGCCUAACUUUUAUAACAAGUUGCUAGUUAGUGAAUGUAUCCUAAAGUGUCAGUUACUGUGCGUACCUUCCUUGAGUAAAUGAGUUACUGCAUAUAUGUACCAUGCCUAAAAGCAUUGCAUCAGUAGCUGUGUGCAUACUAUAUGUAAGUACUGCAUGUCACUAUGUGUAUGCUCCAUUUUUAAAUACAGUGUGUCUGCUCUGUAUUUGAAUACAGUAAGUCUCUUAUUUCAUGUUCCCAAUGCGUCAGUGCUUCAGAAAUGGUGUACAAAUUAUAUAUAUAUAUAUAUAUAUAUAUAUAUAUAUAUAUAUAUAUAUAUAUAUAUAUAUAUAUGGUGUAAGUUGCUGUUUGUGUUGGUACAGUGUAUAUGACUGUGUGCAUUGGUUGUUUUUUUUUUAUCAGGUUGAAGAUAAGUACUGUAGUCCUAUUGCCUCCAGGUUAAUGGUGUCAUGGCUCAGUUUGUAGCACUGUAUGCUAGCAUCUCUCCACAGAGAGAUUUCAAAUAUCACAGCAAGAAGGCUGCUGAUCAUAACGAUGGCUAAUGGAGACAAUAUAAAUCCCUCUCUGUCUCUGAGGCCCGUCAUUGGUAUGUUGGUGGUUUUCAGGGGUAGGGAGCAGUAAAACACCCACAGGAAGGCAUCAUUAGUGUUGUGUUAUUCAGCUAGAAUGCUAGAUUGCUGAUGGAAUGUUGACAUUUAGCUCUUGAUAUAUAUAAAUAUAUAGAUUUCCACUAGAACUAGAAUAGUACUGGGAAACUGUGUCUUCAAUAGAAAAAUGUCAUAUGAGCAAAUGAGACCGAAAUUAAAAUGUUUAAUUUUUUUAAUUUACACUUUUUCAAAUUUCAGAAAAAUAGUUUUCAUUAAACACAUUAAUAAACAUUUUAGAUAAAAUAGUAAUACGCACAGAGAACAUACAAAUACACAAAAUAAAUGUGUGUGUGUGUGUGUGUGUGUGUAUAUGUAUAUGUAUAUAUAUAUAUAUAUAUAUAUAUAUGUGUGUGUGUGUGUGUGUAUUUUUAAGCUUUUAUUUGUAUAAUAGAUAUGGCUAAUUUUUUCCAUUUAGGCUGUUUUUACCUAACUAAUAAUAAUAAUAGUAGUUUUAUAUUAUUUUAGAUAUAGUUCUGUAGAAGGUAUAGAUACCAUAAAUUAACUACAAAUUAUUUCAUUUGCAUAGCAACGUAAGAAUGUAUUUUAAGUACCCAUUGUCUUCAAAUUUACAAUUACUUUUUACUGACGUGUUUGAGACAAGUAACACUCUUUCCUUUAAAGUGUAUAUGAGUGUCAAAAACAGAUUCCUUUGAUGUUUGUUAAUUAAAUAUAAAGCUAUCAAUAAUGUUUAAAGGAAAGUGAGUUGACAGAACCCUGUUUGUCAGUCGGUUUAUCUAGCCACUACUUGAAUUACUGAUUAAUAUCGGAGUGUGAAAAAAUAUAACUUGAGUCAACCUUUAAACAUGUCUAGAAAAAAAUUAAAAAAUUUAAAAAAAACAAUAAUAGGAGUCUUAGCCAAGAGUGUUUCUGGCUUAUCCUGUCCUCUACACCAUGGUUAAUUGGGGACUAAGGGCCUUCCAUUCAUUUUUCUGUUACCCUCCGAGGGAAGAGAUGCGUGUACUUCUGUGUCUCCCAAUAUAUAUAUUUUGAAUCAUUUUAAUGGGUUGCCUGCUGGCUGCCCAGUGCUGCCAUUCACAUUUUGUUUUUUUUUUUACAAGUGCCACUAUAACCUGAACAAUUAAGUUUGGCUCAGUUAGACGAGUUGUUGUUUGAUAAACAACAUAUUUUCUUGUAAUUUCAACGUGGCUUCAUUUGAGGUCGAAUGAUUAAUAGAACUGCUAUGAACAGUUUUUGGCAGUUGUAAUUUGCAGUGAAAUGUCUACUAAGUUAUAUUUACCUAAGUUGACCAUAUCUGCCAUUGUGUAAGUAUGUUGCUAACAUAAACUUUAGUGAACAAUUCCAUUGGCUUGGUUAUUGAUAAGUUUCUCAUAUAAUUGUAUCUUUAUUUUCUGUGAUAUGUUGAUAAUAGUUAUGCUGAAACUGUUAAUAGAAAUCUAAUCAUUAACGUAACAGUGAUGUGCAACUCAAUGGUUGAAAAAUAUUAAGAUGAAUUAUGUUGCCUGGACUUGAUCAUGAUGUCUGUUUGCUUGCAGACUUUUCUCCACCAUGGCUCCCCUAACUAGUGCUUCCACUGCUGCUGCCCUCCUAAGACAACCCAAUCCUGCUGUUGAAAGUGCAGUGCAGUCCAGUGGGUUAACAGACCCAGCAACAGCUGCAGCAGACAGACGUGCAUCAAGCAUAGCUGCUCUUAGGCUAAAAGCUAAGGAGCAUGCAGCACAACUCACACAGCUCAACAUUAUCCCUGGGAACAACACAGGCAAAGAGGUAUGCUGAACUAACAGGAGAAACUCAACCAGAAAAUUACCAAGACCAAAUGGAGAACGAAGACAAGCAUAUGUGGACCAGUGACUAUUGGGCUCUGUGUGUCCUGCACGACACGUGAGGUCAUGGGUAUCUCACACGGGAUGUCAUGCAUUACAGUAAUAAUGAGUGAUAUUUAUGCAGCACCUGAGCAGUAUGACCUCCGCACACCACUAACUGUAAAUUCCUUAUACUGCUCAUUUUAAAGUGGUAUCAUAGUAUGUUAAAAUUGUGCAUUGAAGAAAAAAAUAACGCAAAUAAAAGAUUUUACUUUUGUGGUUAUGCAUUGGGGUUUUUACAUAUAGCUUUCACAUAAUGCUUAACCCCGUUUACUCCUUUUACCCAAUAACCCACCUAAUUUUUUUUAACCAUUAAAUUUGCUGCAACAUUGGUUUUCACCCUAGUACUGUUUUAGCAGAAAGAGUUAAAUUAUUCUUAACACCAUUUGUAAGUUAAAUGAUAUAAAUGGAUGCAGAGGUACAGUUAGGUAAAUAAUAAUAAUGAUGAUGAUGAUAAUAUUAUAGUCAGUGCACUUAAAAGAUCUUUGUAUCUUAUCUCUUUCGUUAUCUCUUGUAUAUUUUUUUUUCUUUCUUUCUUCAUAUGCCAACCAAGGUUUUUUUAUACCAAACCAAAGGGAAUGAACUGAUUUAUGGACUGUUUGAGUCACUAAACUGUGAUUAAUGAUCUUGUAAAUAACAUUGUUAUAAAAAAAAAAAUUAAGGAAAAAAGAGCUUUGUAUAUUUGAAAUGUUAUAAAAAAAAUUGCACUCAGUGUAGUGUUGUAAAAGUUUGUCAAACUGUAGAAUUCUAUCUGUGUUGUAGAUACCACCAGGUUCCUAGCAAAAUAUUUAUGUACAAACUCUUUAUUUAACUUAUUAACUGUAGAAAUUUCUCAAACCUUCAAGACGAUGCUACCGUAUAUGUGUAAUGUUGUUCAUUUGUCACCACUUUUCCUGGCUCUCCUUGGGAAGAGUGUCCCACUCAGAAUAAAAAAAAAAUCUAUAUGUUUAACAAAACAAAA